AUUCCAAUAUUUCCGACGGGAUGCAGAUGAGCUUGAGAGCUGGAUCCAUGAGAAACUCCAGUCUGCGAGCGAUGAGAGUUACAAGGAUCCCACCAACCUCCAGGCUAAAAUACAGAAGCACCAGGCCUUUGAGGCCGAGGUCGCUGCACACAGCAACGCUAUCGUUGUCCUUGAUAAUACAGGUAUUAUAGUCGUUUUAGCUUAAUAUCUCAUAAUUCCUUUAAAUGAAAACUCUUUAUUUUUAAAAUCUGAAUUUUAUAGACUAUGGGCUCUGCUGUUGAGUAAGCUGGCCGAUAAGGGAAUGAGGUUGCAACAGGCUCUGGUCCUAGUCCAGUUCCUCAGACAGGUCGACGAGGUCAUGUUCUGGAUCUCAGACAAGGAGACGUUUGUCACCGCCGACGAAUUCGGUCACGACCUCGAACAUGUUGAGGUUCUGCAGCGGAAGUUUGAUGAGUUCCAGAAGGACAUGGGGAGCCAGGAGUUCCGUGUGUCUGAGGUGUGCGAGACAGCUGACAAGCUCUCCAACGAUCAGCAUCCAGAGUCAGAUACUAUCACCAUGAAGAAAACUGAGCUUCUCGAAGCCUGGGCUCGCCUUAAAUCCCUGGCAAUCGCUCGUCAACAGAAACUUCUCGGAGCUCACGAGAUUCAGAGAUUCAAUAGGGAUGCUGAUGAAACCAUCUCCUGGAUAAGUGAGAAGGAUGCAGUCCUCUCUACUGAGGAUUUUGGGAAGGAUCUCGCUAGUGUUCAAACCCUGCAGAGGAAACACGAGGGGAUAGAGAGAGAUCUAGCUGCUCUAGAGGACCGUGUGCGCACAAUCGGGCAAGAAGCUGCUCGUCUUUGUGAGAUUCAUCCUGAGCAUGCUGCACAGAUUCAGGCCAAGCAUAAGGAUAUUGAGGCGAACUGGGAAAGCCUGACUGAGAAGGCGAGGCAGAGAAAGCUUAAAUUAGAUGAGAGCUACUACCUUCACAGGUUUUUGGCAGAUUUCCGUGAUCUCACUUCCUGGAUUAAUGAAAUCAAGAACGUCAUCACUGCUGAUGAUCUAGCUAAAAAUGUGUCUGGAGCUGAGGCACUUCUUGAGCGCCAUGCUGAACACAAAUCUGAAAUUGAUGCACGUGAGGAUAGUUUCCGAGCUACUGCUGAGUCCGGAGAAAUGCUGCUUGAAUCUAAUCACUAUGCAAGUGAUGAGGUUACUGAAAAGCUCAGUGUUCUCGCUGCUGAGAAAAACGCACUCCUCCAGCUGUGGGAGGAGAGAAGGAUCCUGUAUGAGCAGUGUAUGGAUCUGCAACUGUUCUACAGGGAUACAGAGCAAGCAGACACCUGGAUGGCCAAACAGGAGUCCUUCUUGGUGAACCAGGAUCUAGGAGACUCCCUGGACUCGGUUGAGGCCUUGAUCAAGAAGCAUGAAGACUUUGAAAAGAGUUUAGCUGCUCAGGAGGAGAAGAUCAAGGCUCUUGAUGAGUUUGCCACUAAGCUGAUUGAAGGUCAGCAUUAUGCUGCUGAAGAUGUGGCUGAGCGACGUGCUUUGUUGCUGGAAAGAAGGUCUGAACUUCUGGAGAAGUCCGCAGUCCGUAGAACCAUGCUGGAGGAUUCAUACAAGUUCCAACAGUUUGAGAGAGAUUGUGACGAAACCAAGGGUUGGAUUAAUGAGAAACUAAAGGUUGCCACUGAUGACAGCUAUCUUGACCCCACCAAUCUCAACGGUAAGGUGCAAAAGCAUCAGAACUUUGAACAGGAACUAUCUGCCAACAAGUCUAGGAUUGAUGAAGUCCUUGAGACUGGAGCCGAUCUCAUUGAAUCCGGACAUAUACAGUCCGAGCGUGUGAAGGAGAAGACUGACGAGAUCUCCCAACUGUGGGAGGAUCUGGUCAAAGCCUCUGAGAAGAAGGGAAUGCGUCUAGGUGAGGCUAGCCAGCAGCAGCAGUAUAACAGGGGGAAUGAGGAUCUUGAGAUUUGGCUGAGCGAAAUAGAGGGUCAGCUUAUCUCUGAUGAUUACGGCAAGGAUCUGACCAGCGUACAGAACUUGCAGAAAAAGCAUGCUCUUCUUGAAGCUGAUGUGGGGGCUCAUCAGGAUCGUGUGGAUGGUGUUAGAAUUGCAUCUGAGCAGUUCUGUGAGGCCGGUCACUUUGAUGCUGAGAACAUCAAGAGUAAAUAUGAAGGUCUUGAUGCAAGGUAUCGGAACCUUAUGAAGCCAAUGUCCAACAGGAAGACCAGGUUAAUGGAUUCCUUGGAUGUUCAGCAGCUGUUCAGGGAUGUGGAGGACGAGGAAGCCUGGAUCAGGGAGAAGGAACCAAUCAUCAAUUCUACCAACAGAGGCAGGGACCUUAUUGGAGUCCAGAACUUGAUCAAGAAGCACCAGGCAUCCAUGGCUGAGAUUAACAACCAUGAGCCAAGGAUUGAUGUUGUGUCCAGGUCUGCCCAAGGUAUGGUGGAACAGGGUCAUUUUGCAUCAGAGGAUAUCAAAACUCGUCUCAGCACACUUCAUGAUCACUGGAACAUCCUGAAGGAGAAGGCAAGUCAGAGAAAGCAGGAUCUUGAAGACUCCCUGCAGGCUCAUCAGUACUUUGCAGAUGCUGGGGAGGCUGAGUCCUGGAUGAGGGAGAAGGAACCCCUUGCUGGCAACGCUGAUUAUGGCAAGGAUGAGGAUGCCUCUGAGGCAUUGUUAAAGAAGCAGGAGGCACUUAUGUCUGAUCUUGAGGCCUUCAAGAAUACAAUAAAUGACUUGAAGGAGCAGGCAGCUGGUUGUCGUCAACAGGAGACUCCCGUCAUUGAUAUGAUUGGUAAAGAGUGUGUGAUGGCUCUGUAUGAUUACACUGAAAAAUCUCCCCGUGAGGUUUCAAUGAAGAAAGGAGAUGUUCUCACCCUAUUGAACUCCAACAACAAGGACUGGUGGAAGGUGGAGGUCAAUGACCGCCAGGGAUUUGUUCCUGCCGCCUAUGUCAAGAAAAUUGACCCUGGACUAACUGCAUCCCAACAGCAGCUGGUGGCAAGCAGUUCUGUGAGUGCACGUCAAUCCCAGAUUGAGAAGCUGUACGAAAACUUGUUGGAGCUUGGAAACAUCCGUAGAAAGAGGUUGGAUGAGACCUGCAAGGCUUAUCAGCUUGUUAGGGAAGCCCAAGAGUUGUCCAACUGGAUCAAGACGAAGGAGCAGCAUGCCACUAUCCAGGAUGUAUCUGAUGAUCUAGAACAAGUUGAGGUCAUGCAGAAGAAGUUUGAUGACUUCCAGGCUGACCUUAAGGCCAACGAGGUUAGGUUGGCUGAGAUGAAUGAGAUUGCCAUGCAGUUGGUGUCCCUUGGACAAACUGAGGCCGCUAUGAAGAUUCAGGCCCAGCUCGAGGACCUUAACCAGAAGUGGACAAAGCUCCAGGAGGUGACCACUGAGCAGGCCAGCGCCUUCGAGAAAGCCCAUGAGGUCCAGAUGUUCCACAGGGAUGUCGACGAGACAAGGGACUGGAUCUCAGAGAAGGACGAGGCACUGAACAAUGAGGAUCUUGGAAAGGAUCUGAGAUCUGUCCAGGCACUUCAGCGUAAGCACGAGGGUCUUGAGCGAGACCUGGCUGCACUUGGAGACAAAAUCAACCAACUGGAUGAUAAGGCGAGCAAGCUGAUGCAUACCCAUAAAGAUAGCUCAACGGUCAUCUACGAGAAGCAGAAGGAGAUCAACGAAGAAUGGACUCAUCUCAAUGCCAAGGCUAACAUGAGGAAGGUUAAGCUGCUGGACUCUUACGACCUCCAGAAGUUCCUGAGCGACUACAGGGACCUCAUGUCUUGGGUCAGUAGCAUGAAGUCCCUCAUCUGUACAGAUGAGCUUGCUACUGAUGUUACUGGAGCAGAAGCACUGCUAGAGCGUCAUAGUGAGCACAGAACUGAGAUUGAUGCACGCACCAAUACCUUCCAGGCAUUUGAUUUGUUUGGUCAGCAGCUUCUCCAGGCAGACCACUUCGCUAGCUCCGAGGUUGAGGAGAGGCUGGAGGGUAUGGCCGGGGCCAGGGAGGACCUGGAGAAGGCCUGGAUAGCUCGCAGGAUGCAGCUUGAUCAGUGCCUGGAGCUUCAACUCUUCUACAGGGAUUGUGAGCAGGCGGAGAACUGGAUGAGCAACAGGGAGAGCUUCCUCCAGGCUGACGAGGUGGACUCCAAGGAGGAGAAGAUCGAGAUGAUGAUUAAGAAGCACGAAGACUUUGACAAGGCCAUUGGGAACCAGGAGGAGAAGAUUGAGGCUCUGCAGACCUAUGCUGACCAGCUGGUUCAGUCCGAGCACUAUGCCGGGCCUAAUAUUGAAGAUAAGAAAAAAGAGGUGCUUGAGAGAUGGAGCAAGCUGAAGGACGCGUUGAUCCAGAAGCGUGCUGAGCUGGGUGAGUCCCAGACCCUGCAGCAGUUCUCCAGGGACGCAGACGAGAUUGAAACCUGGAUGCUUGAGAAGUUACAGCUUGCACAGGAGGAGAACUAUAAGGAUCCUGCAAACAUCCAGUCUAAGCACCAGAAGCACCAGGCCUUUGAGGCCGAGUUGGCCGCUAACGCGGACAGAAUCCAGUCCGUCCUCGCCAUGGGGCAGAACCUCAUUGACCGGAAGAAGUGCAGUGGUAGCGAGGAGGCGGUUCAGAACAGGUUGGAGAGUAUCGCUGAGCAGUGGGAGCUUCUCACACAGAAGACAAGCGAGAAGUCCAUGAAGCUCAAGGAGGCCAACCGACAGAGGACCUUCAUCGCGGCCGUCAAGGACCUCGACUUCUGGCUGGGAGAGGUCGAAGCACUUCUGACCACGGAUGAGCUGGGAAAAGACCUCGCCUCUGUCCAAAACCUAAUGAAGAAGCACCAGCUUGUCGAGGCUGAUAUCAUAGCCCACGAGGACAGGAUCAAGGAUAUGAACGAACAGGCGGACAGCCUCGUAGAGUCUGGACAGUUUGAUUCUGCUGAUAUCAUGGAGAAGAGAGACGGAAUCAGCAAAAGGUAUAAGCAUAUUCAGGAUCUAGCCGCGCACAGGCAGAGUCUGCUUAACGAGAGGAACACCUUGCAGCAGUUCUUCAGGGAUAUCGCCGACGAGGAGAGUUGGAUUAAAGAGAAGAAACUUCUCGUCACCUCCGACGAUUAUGGUCGGGAUCUGACCGGAGUCCAGAACUUGAGAAAGAAGCACAAGAGGUUUGAGAGUGAGUUGGCCAGCCACGAGCCGGCCAUUCAAGCGGUUCAGGAAGCUGGUCAACAACUCAUUGACGUUUCUCAACUCGGCGGCGACGAGAUUGAGCAAAGGUUGAAGCAACUGUCAGACGUUUGGGAGGAACUGAAGGCUAUGUCAGCGUCACGAGGACGAAAGUUGGAAGAAAGUAUCAUCUUCCAGCAGUUCCUAGCUAAGAUUGAAGAGGAGGAGGCCUGGAUCAGUGAGAAGCAACAGCUCCUCACAGUACCCGACCUAGGAGACAACAUGGCCGCUGUUCAGGGGUUGAUCAAGAAGCACGAUGCGUUUGAGACGGAUCUUUCAGUUCACGGAGAACGGUGCACUGAUAUCAACGAGCAGGGUCAACAGCUGAUUGAGGAGAAUAAUCAUCAUGCUGACUCUAUUGCGCAGAGGUGUGAACAGCUCAGAAACAAGAUGUACAAUCUGGGAGAACUCGCAAGUGUUCGUAAGACGAAUCUGAAGGAUAACGCCGAUUAUCUCUGCUUCAUGUGGAAGGCCGACGUUGUCGAAUCCUGGAUUGCCGACAAGGAAGCUCACGUCAAGUCUGACGAAUUUGGUCGGGAUCUGUCCAGUGUACAGACCCUGCUCACCAAACAGGAAACUUUCGAUAUCGGUCUUCGAGCCUUCGAAACCGAGGGAAUCCAGAACAUCUCGGAGCUGAAGGACAAGCUAAUUAGCUCCAACCACAUCCAGGGCCACUCUAUCAAUGCAAAGUAUAACACCGUGAUCGAACGCUGGAACAAGUUGAUCUCGGACAGUUCGUCCCGAGAGAGACGUCUUCUCCAAGUCCAGGAUCAGUUCAGGCAGAUCGAGGAGCUCUACCUCACCUUCGCCAAGAAGGCCUCCGCCUUCAAUUCCUGGUUCGAGAACGCCGAGGAGGACAUGACCGAUCCGGUCCGCUGCAACUCUGUAGAAGAGAUCAGAUCUCUUCGUGAGGCGCAUGCGCAGUUCCAGGCAUCUCUGGCUUCCGCUCACGCCGAUUUUGACUCCCUGGCACAGUUGGAUAAACAGAUCAAGAGCUUUAAUGUUGGAGCUAAUCCUUACACGUGGUUUACCAUGGAGGCUCUCUCUGAUACCUGGAGGAACCUUCAGAGUAUCAUUGGACAGCGGGAUCAGGAGCUAGCUUUGGAGGAGGUUAGGCAGGAGGAGAAUGAUAAACUGAGAAAGGAGUUUGCUAAACAUGCAAACCUAUUCUAUCAGUGGUUAACAGAGAGUAGGCAGCAGAUGAUGGAGGGAUCAGGAACAUUGGAGGAACAGCUAGCAGCCAUAGGGAUCAAGGCCCACGAGGUUGCUGGUCGAGCCAAUGAUCUGAAGAAGAUUGAGGAUCUUGGAGCUGUUCUUGAAGAUAAACUUAUCCUUGACAACAGGUAUACUGAGCAUAGUACUGUUGGAUUAGCCCAGCAGUGGGACCAGCUCAACCAACUUGGUAUGAGAAUACGUCACAACCUCGAGCAACAAAUACAGGCUCGCAACCAGUCUGGAGUAUCUGAAGAUGCUCUCAAGGAGUUCUCGAUGAUGUUCCGUCACUUCGACAAGGACAAGACUGGUCGUCUUGAUCACAACUCCUUCAAGUCCUGUCUCCGAGCCCUGGGAUACGAUCUACCCAUGGUGGAGGAACCGGAACCAGAGUUCGAAACCAUUCUUAGCAUUGUUGAUCCAAACAGGGAUGGUUUUGUAACUCUGCAAGAGUACAUGGCCUUUAUGAUCUCGAAGGAGACGGAGAACGUGCAGAGCAGUGAGGAGAUAGAGCUCGCCUUCAGAGCUAUCACGAACCAGGAGCGUGAGUACGUGACGAAGGAGGAGUUGUACUCAAACUUGUCCAAGGAUAUGGCGGACUACUGUAUCGCCAGGAUGAAACCCUACACGGACAACAGUGGCCAGACAAUUACAGGAGCCCUUGAUUACAUGGAGUUCACUCGUACUCUCUUCUCUUAAUCUACUCACUCAGCACCAGCAAUUAGAAGAUUUACAAACUUCUUAUUGGCGGAUUUCUGGAAAUCGGAGAUUUUCUGGAGUUUGAACAGCUUCUUCACUGCUAUAUAUAAUUAUGACAUAUAUAUUUGUUGAUAAGUUUAGUUUUCGCUAAUAAUAAUGUUACAGCUUAAUUUA